AUGUUGAGAUCCGAUCAACAGAGUGUGCAUCAGAGGAAGGGUGAUAUGGAGCAAGCAUACAAGAAGGUUCGAAAUGCAUUUGUUGCCAAGCAUAGAACCGGAGGCGAAUCUCCAGAGGAUGUCAGGUUCACACCACAUCAACGUUACCUCAAGACAGUAAUUGAAGGCUGUGAACAGAUGGAUGUAGAAAUUCCUCGAUUGAUAGGAAAACUGGAGGGAAUGGCGAAUGGCGAUCUGCCUGUCAACGAAUCAGAACUUCAAAACGAGUUGUACAAGUACAAUGAGAAAUUUUACAAGCAUACAGUUGCUGGACUGGCUGAAGAUGCCAUCAGUGUGGUUGCACAAGAUGGAUGUGCGAGCACACCCCCUGUCCCCAUGUACAUUGGUUUUUCAACCAAAACGGUUUAA